CAACAAAUUCAAAAACAAAAGAGAAUUUGCAGAAAAUGUUCUCCCACCAUUUUACAAAUAUUUAUGAAUUUCAUGUUAUAGUUUAAUAUACAUAAAAAAAAAUUGAUAACAAAAAUGCAAUCGAGAGAGAAAGUAAAAACGAAAUAAACCAGUCUCCAGGUUAAGAUAGGCAAGAAGUUAAGACCAGUUCCUAAAUUAGUGCUACGUGGAACUGGUGGAUGUGACAUUUCUACCUACUUACUUUUUAUACAAUUUUGUUGUACCUAUUUCAACGAUAUCGGUUAAUCGUUAUCUUUUAGUAGCAAAGUUAUGGUCAAGAAUCAAAGGAAAGAAAUCUCUUUAGACGAAAAGAUGCAGCAAAUAUCUAGAAGAGUGGCCUUUAACGUUCUGACCAAGUAUCCCCUUCAAGUUUCACCUUACGUAUCUGGUGUCCAAUACAAUCUAACUGCAGCCAUUAACAAAAACAAUCGCAACUAUGCCACCCAAGCCGCUCCGAUCAAACAAAAUCUACUUCGCUAUCCAGCUCUUUCGCUCGAAGAGACUGUAGCGAAAUUCCUUAAAACCGCCGAGCCAUUCCUAACCCCCCAAGAGCUUGAACUAAAUCGCAAACAGGCUGAUGUAUUCCUCAAAUGUGAUGCCCCAAAGCUACAAAAACUCUUGGAGCAAGCAGCUGCAAAAGAUGAAAACUGGUUGGCCGAUAGAUGGCUUCGUACCGCCUAUCUACAAUAUCGUGAUCCAUUAAUUAUAUUCUCUAGUCCUGGCAUGACAUUUCCCAGAGUGACCUUCAAUACAGAUGAAGAGCUCUUGGUUUAUACCUCCAAAGUUAUAUAUUGCCUAAUAAAGUAUAAGGAAAUCAUUGAUUUGGGUAAGGUACCAGUUCAUAAAAUUGGUCCAAAUGAAUUGGAUAACUCGCAAUUUGGAAGAGUUCUUGGUACUUGCCGAAUUCCUCAACCGAAUGAGGACAAAGUCGAGUAUAAUCCCAAUUCGACGCAUGUAGCUGUUGUUUAUAAAAAUCAUUUUUAUAAGCUUCCGGUUUAUUCCAAAUCCUUGAAACCACUUCAUCAAGAAGUAAUUUUUGGGGAAUUGAAGAAGAUUUUUGAAGCUGAAAAGAAUGAAGGAAUUCCAUUUGGAAUACUAACCUCUGACAAAAGAGACAACUGGGCUACAGCCUACGCAGAACUUCUAGCUCUUCCUGGAAACAAGCAAUCAGUGGAGGAGAUUCAAAAGUCGUUGUUUACUGUCUCGCUAGAUGGAGUAGUGUGUCACGAUCCCUGUGGCAACACUAAAACUGUUCUAGCUGAGUAUUUGAUUCAUGGAUGUGGAUCAAAGAACUAUGCUGGCAAUCGAUGGUUUGAUAAGACUAUUCAGCUCAUGGUAAGCAGAAGUGGAUUUCAGGGAUUCUGUUAUGAACACAGUCCAGCUGAGGGUCAGCCAAUUGCUUUAAUGGUUGAUUAUCUUGUGAAGAAUUUAGAUGAUAAGAAAAUGUUUGAAGGAGCCGAGACAACAAACUUUGAACCAUCGAAGAAACUUGAAUUGGUAUCAUCUCCAGCUGUUGAUCAGCAUAUUAAAGUUGCUCAGACAAAUCUUGAUAAGUUGGCUGAGGAUUUACAUUUGCAUGUAUUGCAUUUCAAAGAAUACGGCAAGGGUUUCCUUAAACAACAGAAACUUAGUCCUGAUAGCUUCAUUCAGAUGGCUCUUCAAUAUGCUUUUUACAAACUCCAUAAAGUACCCGGUGCUGCUUAUGAAUCAGCUCAUCUUCGAAUUUUCCGUAAUGGUCGUACAGAAACCAUUCGUUCAUGUUCAAAUGAGUCAAUGGCCUUUGCCAAAGCCAUGUUAGAACCAAAUUCAGAUGAACUGAGAGUUGAAUUACUCCGAAAAGCUGUAAAUGUACAUCGUGAAUACACUACAAUGGCAUUGCAAGGACGUGGAGUCGAUCGUCAUUUACUCGGUCUAAAGCUAAUGGCUCUUGAAAAUAAUCUACCUAUUCCGGAAUUUUAUAAUUUACCAGCUUUCACUCGGAGUAAUCAUUUCCGAUUGUCUACAUCACAAGUGGCAUCGGUUAAUGAGGCUUUCAUGUGCUAUGGACCAAUGUAUCAUGAUGGUUAUGCUUGUUGUUAUAAUCCAAGGGAAAAUGAUAUGAUUUUGUCAUUGGCUGCAUGGCGAAGCAAUCAAGAGACUUGUGCUGAUCGAUUUUCGGUAUCGUUGCAAGAGUCAUUAAAAGAAAUGAUGGAUGUUUUGUGUAGAGCUGGAGAAAAGCCCAAAAAUAAAUUGUAAAUACAGCAGAUAGUUGGGUCAAUAUAUGUUUUGUACUGAUUUUGAAUUAUUUUUUUUUUUGAAAAUACAUUAAUAUUUUUGAAUGAUAA